AUUAAUCUACUAUCUUAAGCCGCAUUGAAGCUUCCAAGGUUCCAGUCAGAGCUCCUUCCAAUGCACAUCAUGCCCCGCAGUUUUGCUGGAGAAUCCCUGCAGCAACAUGAGUAAGUGACACAGUGUCCCACUGCGAAGCCGUACCGGUAUUCGUACUGUGUACAUAGAUACAUCAUAUCGUCUCUUGAAAAUCGGAUCGUCAGCCACAAAAAUUCCGCUUCAAAGUCGAGAUAUCAUUUGAUCCUGAGAUCGACAUCGACACUGUCGUCACUGGCUCCAUAUCGGACGAACAUCAUUGCCAUUGACGUUCCGGUUGUCCCGUCCCUGACAUUGACUCGGCACGUCAUCCAAGGGGUUAGUUCGAAGUCCAGCCGUUUAGCAACUCUCCAGGUAUCGAGCUUUCGUAGUAUGGAUCGGGUAGUCUAUUGCAUAUCUAUUAGUCUCGUUACCUCACUCCAUUGAUGUACUGAGCUGUACUCUCCCCGGGAGACAGGAAUCGGAUACGCUCUAUGAUCAGCUAGCCAGUGCAGAUCAAGAUGCCGCCUUUGUAUGGGCGUCCCUCCACAUUAAGGGCCGGGUGCGUGAGGGGUGGGAAUAGUCUCAAAUGGAUAGGAGGCAGUUGUAGGCGAUAUGCUAAGAAAUCGCCGCCGCCGCGAUCAUCGCCACCACCAAAACCAACACCAAAACCGCCGCCAGCUAUUCCAAAGCCGCUGCCCUUUAAACCAGCGAAGCCGAAGCCAACCCCAAAGCCGGCCUCAAAGCCGGCUCCUAAACCAACCCCUACACCAUCCCCUACACCCACUCCCACCCCUCAUUCUCCCGCUUCACCCCCGCCUCCACCCAAACCUUUACCCGCAUCCGCAUCUUCAAGCUCGACUUCGUCAUCUUCGAAGGGAUACGAAGACAAAAGACGGCCGGUCUCCGAGCUAGUCCGGAAUCGAUGGUUCCCCCUAUUUGGCGCCGGCGCCGCGGCCGUGUGCGUGGGCUUCUUCUCGGUGUCAAUGAUCAACUACUGGCGGACCCAUCCGGCCGAGCAAUGGCUGCCGGGCCAAGAGCCCGAGACGCCCACGGGCCGGCCCACCAUCCAGUCGCCCCUGGAGUUCGACCAGCACCUGGACAAGUCUGAGUGGCGCUUCGGCAUCACCAAGCUGCGGCGCCGCAUCGCCUCCGAGAUGGCUCGCGGUCACGUGCUCGAGGUUGCAGUCGGUGCCGGCCGCAACUUCGAUUACUAUGACUGGAGCGUCGUGACAGAGGGCCUUGCGCCCGCCGAGGAGAAGCCUAAGUCGGGGUGGUUCGGUUGGUUGAGCAGUGGGGAGGAGGAAGAAAAGAAACCGGACGGGAAAGAGAAUACCACGGGGACGGAGGAAAAGGGGAAGCCAACCAACCCACCACCGUCCCAAGCCAAGGCUAAACCGCAACCCGCAAACGCCAACGCCAUCCUCAGCUUCACCGGCGUCGACAUCUCGCCCCCGAUGCUGGACCUAGCACUAACCCGAAUCCGCCAAGUCGUGCCGCACAUGGCCGACCAAAUCCCCAAGAAGCCCUCCUUCACGCUCCUCGCGACCUCAACCAUCGACAACAACCCAGGCCUAUCACUCGCCAACAACCGCCUCCGGAUCCUCAAAUCCGACGCGCAGGCCUCUCUCCCGGCCCCUCCAUCCCCCUCAUCCCCAUCCUCACCCGCAUCCCAGACCCCCCAGAAAUACGACACGAUCCUACAAACCUUCGGCCUCUGCUCCGUCCGAGACCCAGUCCUCCUACUCUCCACCAUGGCCCACUCCCUAGUCCCGGACACCGGGCGCAUCGUCCUGCUCGAGCACGGGCGCAGCUGGUGGGAGCUCGUGAACGGGCUUCUGGACCGCAGCGCGCGCGGCCACUUCGAGCGCUUCGGCUGCUGGUGGAACCGCGACAUCGAGGUCGUCGUGCGCACCGCCGAGCGCGCCGUCCCCGGGCUCGAGGUCGUGCGGCUCGAGCGCCCCGGCUGGGUGACCAUGGGCACGCACGUCCUCGUCGAGAUGCGCGUGCGCGGGGAUGUGGCUGCCGCUGCUGCUGCUGCUGCUGAUGCCGCCGCCGCUCAGGCGCCUGAUGUUCUUGAUGAUGGUGAGAAGGAGAAGGGGCAGAAGACGACGGGAUGGUGGUCGUCUUGGAUGUAUAUGCAACGAUCGCAAUGCCACUCUGUGCCUACGAGAUGUCCAAUCAUUUCGCUAUGAGUUCAAUCUCAUCAAUCAGCCUCGAUUCAAGUUCACACAUCAGAAGUACGAAUUACCACUAAUCGUAUC